AUGCAAGCCAACGGCAGUGAUGUCCACCUGGAGGUGUCAGACAACGCGCUGCUGGCUCUGCAAGGUCCCUCCAUGGCACGGGUGCUGCAGGCAGGGCUGUCAGAUGACCUGGCCAAGCUCUCCUUCAUGAAUAGCAUCACCACAACUGUCUUUGGCAUCCCGGGCUGCCGUGUCACACGCUGUGGCUACACCGGGGGCGAGGAUGGUGUGGAGAUCUCGGUGCCCGUGGGGUGGGCAGUGGAGCUGGCUGAACGGCUCCUGGGUGUCCCUGACGUGUGGCUGGCAGGGCUGGCAGCCAGGGACAGCCUGCGCCUGGAGGCUGGGCUCUGCCUCUACGGCAACGACAUUGAUGAGACCACCACCCCUGCCGAGGCUGGGCUGAUGUGGACAUUGGGGAAGCGCCGACGCACAGCCAUGGACUUCCCCGGUGCUGCCGUCAUCAUGGCACAAGUGAAAGAGAAGCCGAGGCGCAAGCGUGUGGGGCUCACAUCGGUGGGACCCCCCAUCCGUCCCCACAUGGCCAUCCUGGGCCCUGAGGGCAAGCCUGUGGGCACAGUGACCAGCGGCUGCCCCUCCCCCUCCCUGGGCAAGAACAUCGCCAUGGGCUACGUCGAGGCUGCGCACAGCCAGGCCGGCACCCAGCUCACCGUGGAGGUGCGGAAGAGGCAGCACCCAGCCCUCAUCACCAAGAUGCCCUUCGUGCCCACCCAGUACUACACGGCCAAGUGA